UUGAGUGUCCAAAUAAUUCAGAUCUUAAGUUAGUUUUUUCAUGGGUAUUUAAAUAGAGUUCCCUCUCUAUCUCCACUUCAACUCAUAACCUAUUCUCUUCCACUUUCUUUCUCUCUGCAUCUUCUUCCACAGAAAAAACAAAGGCUAGAUUGAUAAAAAAAUGGUGAAGAUUUGCUGCAUUGGAGCUGGUUAUGUUGGAGGUCCAACAAUGGCUGUUAUUGCCCACAAAUGUCCUGACAUCGAGGUAGCCGUGGUUGAUAUCUCGGUCUCUCGGAUUGCUGCCUGGAACAGCGACCAGCUCCCGAUAUACGAGCCCGGGCUCGAUGACGUGGUCAAGUCAUGUAGGGGUAAGAAUCUAUUCUUUAGCACCGAUGUCGAGAAGCAUGUCUCCGAGGCUGACAUCAUCUUUGUUUCGGUCAACACCCCCACGAAGACCCGAGGUCUUGGUGCUGGGAAGGCUGCUGAUCUCACAUACUGGGAAAGUGCAGCGCGUAUGAUUGCUGACGUGUCAAAAUCUGACAAGAUUGUGGUCGAGAAAUCAACGGUUCCCGUGAAAACGGCUGAGGCUAUAGAAAAGAUCCUCACCCACAAUAGCAAAGGGGUCAACUACCAGAUCCUGUCCAACCCUGAGUUUCUAGCCGAAGGGACCGCGAUAGAAGACCUUUUUGCCCCUGACCGUGUGUUGAUUGGAGGGAGAGAAACUCCUGACGGUCAAAGGGCGAUUAAGGCAUUAAAAGAUGUUUAUGCUCAUUGGGUGCCCGAGGAGCGGAUUAUAUGCACUAACCUUUGGUCAGCUGAGCUGUCUAAGCUGGCGGCUAAUGCGUUUUUGGCACAGAGGAUUUCCUCGGUGAACGCAAUGUCAGCGCUCUGUGAAGCAACAGGCGCUGACGUUGCACAGGUUUCCCACGCAGUGGGAAAAGACACUAGAAUUGGACACAAGUUCCUGAACGCCAGUGUAGGGUUCGGUGGAUCUUGUUUCCAAAAGGACAUUCUCAACUUGGUCUACAUUUGCGAAUGCAACGGGUUACCCGAAGUGGCAAACUACUGGAAACAAGUGAUCAAGGUCAACGAUUACCAAAAGAAUCGUUUCGUCAACAGGAUCGUUUCGUCAAUGUUCAACACGGUUUCAGGCAAAAAGAUUGCGAUUUUGGGAUUCGCUUUUAAGAAAGACACCGGUGACACGAGGGAGACACCCGCCAUCGAUGUUUGCAAGGGAUUGUUAGGCGACAAGGCUACUUUGAGCAUCUAUGAUCCGCAAGUGACCGAAGAACAAAUCCAAAGGGAUCUUUCUAUGAACAAGUUCGACUGGGACCACCCGGUGCACCUCCAGCCCAUGAGCCCGAGCUCAGUGAAACAAGUGAGCGUUGUUUGGGAUGCGUACGAGGCGGCUAAGGGUGCACACGGGCUUUGUAUCUUGACCGAGUGGGACGAGUUCAAGAACCUUGAUUACAAGAAGAUUUACGACAACAUGCCGAAACCCGCAUUUGUUUUUGAUGGAAGAAAUGUUGUGAAUCCACAGAAGUUGAGGGAGAUUGGUUUCAUUGUGUACUCAAUUGGGAAGCCAUUGGACUCAUGGUUGAAGGAUAUGCCUGCUGUGGCAUAAAGGUAACUUUUGAGUUUUUGGUUUCAUACGAGGUUUGCAGGAUUUGAUCCGUUGAGAGUUAUAUUAUUGUUACACAAACAUAUGUUCUUUUGUUGUUGUGAUUUACCAUUAUGUCGCAUGUACUUCAUGUUAUUCGAAAAAUUCUUGAGUUUUAAUUAAUAAAAUUUCCUAAAAGUUUCAAUUC